AUGGCGAGCGCGGCCAAGUCGCGCUGGGCGGACGCGGACGAAGACGCGGCCCUGGAGGCACAGCGACGACGAGAGAAGGAGGCGAAGCGGCGGGCGCGAGCGGCGGAGCGAGCGCUGAAACAAGAGGAAGCGGUCGACAGCGGGGACGGACGGCGGUCGAAGCGACGGAGGACGACGACGGACGACACAGGGGGAUCGCCCCCCCACGAACAGACAACGGGCGACGGCCUGCUGCGUCUCGCGGGUGGCACGCUGACCGAACCGUGCGGCUCGGUCGAGGCCUACGAGAAGCUCAACGACAUCGAGGAGGGCGCGUACGGCUGGGUGGCACGAGCACGCCACGCGGCCUCGGGCGAGGUGGUGGCACUCAAGCGGCUCAAGCUGGACGCGGCCGAUCGCGGCGGAUUGCCGGUGACGGGUCUGCGUGAGAUCCAGCUGCUGCGAGACUGCACACAGGAGAACAUUGUCCGUCUACGGGCGGUCGUGGUGGGCGAGGGGGGGAACGACGCGGAACAGCAACAGCCCAUCUUUCUCGUCCUCGACUUUGUCGAGCAUGACCUCCGGACCAUCCUCGAAGACAUGCCGCAGCCGUUUUUGGCCUCCGAGGGCCGCAACGAGGCCGAUCAGCUGGUCCGCAUCUUCGACCUCUGCGGUCUGCCUACCGACACUUCCUGGCCUGGCUUCCGCCGCCUGCCCAACGCUCGCGCCCUGAAGCUGCCCCCAUCCACUGCAGCUGCAAGCACCUCUUCCUUUCGCUCUCGCUUUCCCCUUCUCACUACCGCUGGCUGCCAGCUGCUCGGCAGCCUUCUCGCCCUCGAUCCCGCCCGUCGUCCGUCGGCUCGCCAGAUGCUCGACCAUGACUACUUCCGCCAGGACCCUCGUGCCAAGCCAGAGGCCAUGUUCCCGACCUUCCCCAGCAAGGCCGGCCAGGAACGCCGCCGCCGCCGCAAUACCCCCAAUGCCCCCGUCCGUGGCGCCCUGGCUGCCACCGACCUCGACCUCGGUGCCGUCGAUUUUGCCGGCAUCUUUGCUGCCCGCGACAAGGAGGAACGCGGCGCCGGCUUCUCCCUGCGCAUGGUCUGA